AUGGCCUCCAAUCCUGCCAAACGGAAGCCUUUCGGUCCCCCUGGGUCUAAUGGUUCUGCGGGAGGCGCCAGAAAGCGCGCAAAAGCCUUCGACGCGCGCACACUCGCCGUUCAAUCCAACGAAGCCGCCCUCUCAGCAACAGGUGAACUAGAUGUCGCCGCUUAUGCCGCCGCGCGAGCAUUCGAAAUCCAGGCGUUAGAAAGGGGAAUCCAGAAAUCGAGAGAUGCCCUUACCUCUCGGGCCUUUCAGAAAGUGCCACGCUCCCUGCGAAGACGAACGGCUAGCCACAAUGUGAAGCGGGUUCCGAAGCGAUUGAGGGCGAGAGCAAAGCGGGAGAUGAUCGAGGAUAACACACCGACUGUUACGGCGCGGAGGCGUAAGCCAACGCAGAUUAUGCGCAUUAGACUCGAAACUGCUAGACGAUUGCAGAACCUGAAUGCGAAAUCGAAAGCGAGACGGGCCGCCCGGAAAAGUAAAUUGGAUAAUGAUGAAAGUGCAAAGUUGAAAAGCGAGGGUAGUCACCCAUUCAAUACUGCGCCGAGAAUACCUAAGAUCAAGAAGAACGUGCUCUCUCGACCGCCGCCGCCACAGGCUAAGUAUAGCAAGCGUCAAAGGUGCAAGACUUGGUUGCCAACUCAUAUGUUUCAUGCAAAGCGCGCACAUAUGGCGACUACGAAGAAUCCGAUUUGGCGUUUUGCGGUUCCGAUAUCGCCUACUGAGAAAAGUUACAGGCCUACACACCGCGCUCGUGGAUCUCGAGGUGCCGUGGCGUGGGAUAUGAGCUAUAUGUCCACUAUACAACUUGAAGGAAUUGAGUCUUGUAUUGAAGCUGUUUUGCGAUCGGUUCGUGUUGAUGGUGAUGAUGCAUGGGGUACUAAGGGGAAAAAGUGGAGGGUUGGUACUCGGUCACUUUACGCGUGGACUUAUGAGAGAGAGCAUCCUGAGAGGCCGAUAGCGCCAAUUACUAUGAUGUGGUGUGUUCAGGGUAAAUCGGAAGAUGUGGAAAUGACUGGCGCGGAGCAGAGCAAGCCAGCAAAACAGCCUCGACGGAAGCUUUGGAUCCGUGUUCAUCCAUCGGCGUUCUUACAGCUGUGGACGGAACUGCUUGAGGUUUCGAAGCGUCAGAGCCAUCCUGUUAUGGUUGAAGACCUGCGAUUCGACAUUGGAAGCGUCGAAAUUACUGGACCGGGAUCAGUAGAAACACUCCUUGCAGCACUGAGCCCCAUUUUGAACUCAGAUGGUAGCAACUCGGGACCAGAAAGCCCAGAGAGUACAUGGUCAUCUUUGUUGGGUGUAUCAAAUUCUUCUUCGCUUCCUCAAAAUGCUCUUUUAUCCUUCUCUAUUUCCGAUCCUCGCCUCCGAUAUCCUCUACAAACCCUCCGAGUUCCCGAUAACGAAUCUCAUAUGAAUGAUCUUGCCGUCUUGUUGGCCAAUUGGUCACCCGAUAAAACUCAGGGACCAUCACCUCUCUUUGAACGCAACAAUCGACUUGCUGCUUCUCGUCAAUUACCAAGCCAGAAGGCUAUCAACCGCCGUCGAACCCUUGCGGGCCCUGGUGCUCUUCCGGCUCCUCAACCUAAUGACCCCCAAAUUCCCGUUAUGAUACUUGCCAACAGGCCACAUGGUCUCGCAAAGCGAAGUAGUGUCCCGGGAUCAUGGACCGUACUUUUACCUUGGAAAUGUGUCGCUCCAGUUUGGUAUCUGAUGAUGUAUUACCCAUUAUCGAGCGGGGGGAUCCCACGAUUUGGUGGUCUGAAGGAACAGCAGCAGCUUGCCUUUGAGGCAGGUGAACCUUGGUUUCCAGGUGAUUUCCCAGGAACUCAGGCUGGGUGGGAAUGGAGUCAGAAGGAAGCAAGGAAAACUCGAACCGAAUGGGCACGCAGACCGAAGGGACGCCGGGUAGAGUUCGACAGUCUCACUUUGGGUGAUGGUCAUCCCAAGGGGGAAAUCGGUCACGGAUGGGCGCCUGACUGGAACAGACUUCUUCAAGUUCCAUCAAAAGACGCUGUCGAUUCCAAUGUAAAUGCAGCCAAGAAAGAGAAAGAAAACGCCACUGUUAACUCUGUCCCUCUGCCUCUCGAUAUGCACAACGUCCGAUACACCCAUCACAACACUGAUCGCAUCCUCAGUCGUUUCUUCAAAUCAGCACCAGGCCCUGGCGCACUUGCUUCGAUCCACCUCACACUCUCGGGUCGGGGGACACCUGUGCCCAGUGCCCGCAUUUAUCGUCUUCCUACUGACCCGUCUUUACGGCAGAAAUGGAUUGACCUGUCCUCAUCAUCUAAGAAUAAAGAUCCUAGUCGGAAACAAGGGAACGGACGAACUCCUGCGCUGACUGCCGAAGAGUCCAGGCGACAGCUUGCCGAGUCACUUAUCUCUGGCUCUGCAUCCGAGAGCAACGCAGCAGAUAAGCUUGAAGUUCCUUUCGAAGAGGAUCUUAUUGGUUUCGUUACCUCAGGAAAUUAUAAUCUUUCAGAGGGUAAAGGAACGGGAAUUGGAUCAAUUGUAUUAUCUAAGGUUUUGAUACCAGACGUGAAGCAGCAUGAAAGGAAAAUGUGCAUUGUUCGCACUGCUGGAGAGAAAAUUGGGCGGUUGGGAACCUGGGAACUUGUCUAA